AUGGGCCUCCAAUGUGAGGGUUACGGCAUGAGGCUGACAUGGGUGCCAUACAACCCUCUUGCAGACGUCGACGAUCAAGAAUCCGCCGAUGACCUGCCCCGGGAUCGCAGAGCAUCGAGACGCUCCUUGACGCCCUUUGGAGUGGCGCCCGCUAUCCUCCGUCUAGACUCUCCGGAGCUCGAUUUCGCGUUGACGCAAAUUGAUGAAUGGUCCCCUAAGGAGUUUCCUCGGAAGUCAUCUGGACUUGAGAAAGGGGGGUUUUCGGUCUUCUCGGUCGGCCCCUCCAGACUAGGAAUCUCGGAAUCGGAUACUCGUCAUCUCGGUACGGCAUCUGACCGAGAUCGUCUCCAAUUGCCAGAAUAUGGCUCAACGCCGGCAGAUACCCCCGGCGCUCUUUCCGUCACCAAUCUCACCGACACUACAGGUUCGGCUGCUGCAGUAGCAGCAGAUGACGCCAGGAUCCCGUCUUUUGGGAACUUUUGGGAGGGCUCAGUCACGGCCCAACCCACCCCUGUUCCAUCUAGGGUACCAACCCGCAUUUCUUUCAUAGAUACUGUCUCAGCAGCUCAACCAGCCUCACCACUUCACUCGGACUAUGGGAGUCGCGAAGGGUUGGAUCGAGAAGCUGCAGUCAUUGCCCAGGAUAGGCUUCGUCAGGACCUUAUACAGGCUCCGCCGCGUCAUCUAGAUGCUAUGUCCAUGCCGUCUAAGCAGAAGCGGCUCAUACAUCACUGGGUCACUUUCACCAGCAGGAAGAUUGUACUCUUGGACGAGCCGCACAACCCUUGCCGCACUAUGAUGCUUCCCAUGGCACUGAAAGGCCUCGUUUCCAAGGCGGAAGAUUCUAAUGCCGAUGUCGCUAUAUUUCAUGCCAUCUGCUCGGCGGCUGCUUAUAACCUGUUCGAGCUCAGUGGGAGAACUACGGAACAAGAUCAUGUUCUGGCUUUGUUCCAUGACAGCGAGGCCAUUCACCAUCUGCGGAACAAUUUGACACGAGCCGACGAGCAUCAAGACCAGUCUUUUGCGAUGGCCAUAAUGGCCUGUAUUGCCGUCGAGGCUGUCUCCGGCACGACCCAACGAUGGCGCACCCACGUGUCUGGCGGUCUGGCCUAUCUCUCUAAACUACAAGCCCGUGGUGUGGAUGAGACCGCACUGUCCGCCUUUAGACAGCACAUGGUGAAGAUGGCUAUACUCUGUGACUUUCCCGUCUCUGAUAAUCUCAAGUCUUUCUUGAACGACGACGGUGGAUCUGCAAGUGGCCUUGAGUUCACCUUUCCGUACUAUGGUGUCUCGAAGGCCACGCUACAAGCCCAUGCUCGUAUUAAUCAGCUGGCCACUGCUUCCUCCAGCGGCAAACCGGCCUCCGAGAAGGAACUCGACGCUUUUGAGUUGCAGCUUUAUCUCCAGUUCCCAGGUCUACCGCCUCAAUUAUUAAUCGCAGACGCGUCCAAGCUCCACGCCGCCGUUGUUCAUCAUACAUCUACGGCUUUCUAUUAUGCGGGAUUGAUAUUCUUUCAGAGAAGUAUUCGGGGCUCUCCAGUGGCUGCAGUGCAAGACCUAGUGGAACUUGGCGUGCAGGAACUGGAAUCAAUCGAGCUUGUUGGCAAAGGGAAGCUGGGCUGUAUGAUGUUGUGGCCUGCCCUGGUGCUCGGCGCCGAGUGCAACACCCCCAAUUCUCAGGGACGGAUGCGAGCCUGGUUUCAAAGUCAGCGGAAACUGGGCUUCAGGAAUCUAGUGGUCCUGGAAGACCUCAUUACCUCACUCUGGAGUGCUCGGGCUGAUCCUGAUGCCCAUAAUGAAGAGGCCGAUUGGCGAGAAAUGAUUGCACAGCCGCGAUUUGAUGUCUUCCGGCUUUGA